CUCACCCGUACCAUUGCCAUAGCUGACUGUGGGAAGGAGGAUGGGACGCUUUUAUGCCACUGAGCAAAUGCUUUAUUUAGAAUAUGACGUAUUGUCAAGUUGCGCAAUAAUAUUGCCUGACAAACCCAGUCGGUAUCCGCUGUGUUCAGUACGCCGUGCCAGGCAGUGACGACGGUUGAGGAAACAGGAACACUCCAGCGUAAAGAGAAUCCAGAGAUACUUUCUGUCACGAUGAUGACCCCUACUAACGCCCCACCUGCUUACGUGGCUGCGCCUCAGCAAGUGGUGACAGUUCAACCCGCUCCACAGCGUCGAAGUGGUAACUGGACGGGUAUUCAAUGGACAGGAAUAUUUCAAGUUGGUUUGGGUUCAUUGACCGCCAUUCUUGGAAUUGUAACUCUGGCAGUAUUUAAACGUCCGUUGAAUGUCGAUGAUAUCGGGUCCCCAAUUUGGUGUGGUAUCUGUUUCUACGUCUUCGCUGGAAUCUUUGGCAUAGUUUCUGGAUCUAAGAAGAAUUCCGAAGUGGCUGUCGGCUACAUGGUCAUGUCCAUCUUGGCUUGUCUGGCGACAUGUUGCGUCAUUUGUUUUGCGGUUAUCUGGAUGCUCUUCGUCUAUUCAGUCUGCACUUUCAACAGUCCGCGUUACUACGACUACGGAAGUUAUCACCACUACUACUAUCCAGAUGUACCAGUUGGCUGUUAUUUGCAGAAUGCUGUAUAUGGUGUGUAUGCUUCACUGAUACUUCUCGCCUUAGCGGAGUUUGUUGUCGCCAUCGUUGGUGCCAGCUUGACCUGUGGUCCCCUCUGCAGUGGUGGAUCAGCAACUCAGACUGUGAUCCACUACCAAGCUCGACCACGCGUGGUAGUUGCCACACAGCCCCUGGGUACGGCCUUCUACAACAUACCCGCUGGCCAGCCACAAGUUGUCUGCCCAGCCCAGCAGGGGCAGUAUCCGCAGGCUCAAGCUCCCCCAACCGGUGAGCAACAGUACCAGGAACUCAUGAAAUAGAUCGUCGAUGACCUUUGACCCAACGGAAGUAUGACAACGGAAGUAUGACUUUGUAAUGAACAAGAUUUAAGUUUGGCUUUUACAUUGUUAUGUGGCUGUACAUUUAGCUAUUGGCAUUUAUACAUAAAGGACUGGAUUAAAAGGGAUUGCAUUAAGGUUGCCCUGGCUGCUCUUGCACAUUCAGUUUAAUAGAAGAACCUGCAUAUGUUUGUUUUAUUAAUACAGUAGCAACAAAU